UUAUUUCAUUUCACUUCACUUCACUUCAUUUUAUUAUUUUUUUAUUUAUGAUAGUCACAGAGAGAGAGAGAGAGAGGCAGAGACACAGGCAGAUGGAGAAGCAGGCUCCAUGCACCGGGAGCCCGACGUGGGAUUCGAUCCUGGGUCUCCAGGAUCGCGCCCUGGGCCAAAGGCAGGCACCAAACCGCUGUGCCACCCAGGGAUCCCCCUCCAUUUUAUUUUAAAUAGAGUUUGGGGGGUGGUAGUUAGGCAGUUUAUAGGAAGAUGAGUAGAAACAAAGUUUCUAAAAUCUCUUCUCUAGUUUCCUACUGUAAACACCUUACACACCACGCAUUAGCACGUGUGCAAUGUCAGAGACAAGGCAGCGCCAGAGCUGACGUCAGGGUUCACUCCCGUGGGCGGUACCUUCCGCGGCUUUGGGCAGGUAUAUAAGGACGCUGUGUCUGCCAGUUCCCUUGCUCCACCUGUUCCUGUCUCCCUCCAAACUCCCGGCCACCACAGGUCCUUUCACCGCCUCCACAGCUCUGCCUUUUCCAGAACGUCCUAGACUUGGAACCACAUGGUGUGUAGCCGCCUCAGAUGGGCUUCUCUCAGGGAUGUGCCCCUGGGUUCUUCCGUGGAGAACACAGCAGAAAGUCCAGAGGUAGACCCACACAGUCAAGGCACCCGGUCUUUGGCCAAGGAGCAAAGGCCAUCUGCACUGUUAAACAGCCACGUAGACUGUGUAUCUCAUCAAUUAUUAGUUUUUUUUCUUUUUUUUUUUUUUAAAGAUUGUUUAUAUUCGUGAGAGGCACAGAGCGAGACAGAGACACAGGCAGAGGGAGAAGCAGCCUCCCUGUGGGAACCCAAUAUGUGACUUGGUCCCGGGACCCCGGGAUUAUGACCUGAGCCGAAGGUAGACACUUAACUGCUGAGCCACCCAGUGCCUCAUUUUAUUAGGUUUCUUUCUUUCUUCUCUCUCUCUCUCUUUUUUUUUUUUUAGGUUUCUUAGUUAAAAAAUGAUUUGUGCUUUUUGGGGAAAAUUUAGUGAAUUCCAGAGCCUGGGACUCCAGCCACUCUCUCUAGGAUCAGUACAGAUUCCAGAACCCUCCAGAUGCCUGUGAUCCUGUGUUUGGCUCCCUGUCUGGGCUAAGAAGCCCUGUUUUUUUUUCUGCUUAUCAGUCACAGAUGUUCACUGUCAAGAAAGCAGAAAAUGCAAAAUAGUUUAAAGGAAAAAGUAAAAGUGGGGAUCCUUGAGUGGCUCAGCAGUUUAGUGCCUGCCUUCAGCUCAGGGCGUGAUCCUGGAGUCCCCAGAUCAAGGCCCGCGUUGGGCUUUCUGCAUGGAGCCUGCUUUUCCCUCUGCCUGUGUCUCUCAUGAAUAAAUAAAGAAAAUCUUUAAAAGAAAAGAAAAGAAAAAAGUAAAAGUCUGUGGCAGCAGCAGCUUUCACCCAGACGGAGCCAUCCUGGCUGGUCUCGUACUUUCUCCCCUGCACGCCCCCACUGCAGGGGGCUUUUGCCACAAGGAGCCUCUUGAAAAUGUCCCUCCCUGAGCCAUCAAGUGUCCUCUGUGCCAGGAUUCUGUCCUGACUUGCCGGGAUGUUCCAUGCCCGGGGCUGCUGGGGCCGUGUUAAGCUGCUCCCAUUGUUCUGCGACAGCGUCUGUGGCUGGCAGCUGUGCCCACUGUCGCAAGAGUCACUUUACUCAGCCUGCAAGCAGAUUGGCCUGAUGCUGGGCUUGGCAGGUGGCAGGCGGGACAAAAGGAAUGGCCAAUCCAGGGAUUUGUGGCCCCUGCCCCACAAGGCAGGCUUCCUGUCCUCACUGGGCCUGUGGACGCCUCUUCCGCCCUCCGGCGCUCGGGUGCCUCACUUGCUGUUCUGGGUGCAGGAGCCCUUCCAGAGCCGGAGAUGGGGCCGUUGAGAUCUGGUGUUCUUUCCCUAGCCAGUUUAUCCCGUCCUUGUGAUGGUAGGAACGUGGGUAGCCGCGUGGAGGGCCUGACAAAUCCUCUAGGACUUACUGUUAGACAAAUGAGGAAUUUGUGUUAAGGCCCUGAAGCUUGUAAGACGUGGCCAGUGAGACGUAAGCCAGUGGGAGGCCCCAGUGCCCCUGCUUUCUGGACCAUUCUGUGUAGCUCUGCAGAAUCUGAAUAUUGGAUAAAAUUGAGAAAUUUUCACAUUGAGGCACUAGACUGGCUCAGUUGGACGAGCACGUGAUACUUGAUCCUGGGGUGGUGAGUUUGAGCCCCACGUUGGGUGUAGAGAUUAUUUAAAUAAACUUAAGAAAAGUAAAGAAGUUUUCCCCAUCACCUGAUGCCUCUGUUCCUGGCACGCAGGCUUUGUUGCUGAUCUCAGACUUCCCGGGCACACCUUGCCUGAGGGCCUCUGCACUUGUGCUUCCUCUGCCCGAAUAGUUUUCUCCCGGAAAUAACGGAUGUGGCUCAUUCUUCUGCUCCCCUCAUUCAGAUCUAUUUUGGGGGCCACCCCUGGCAGGGCUUGCGCAGCAGUGCAGUUCCCACCCGGCUCAUGCUCCUCCCUCCCCUCCUGUCCUGCUUCCCCUGCCUUUCUGUUGCAGACUCGUGUCUGACAAGUGGCAUGUUUCACUGUCACCGCCACCCAUGAAGACGUUCUGCAUCGGGAGAGCUAGGGUGUUCCCAGAUGUAUCUCUGGCAUGAGGGUGGCUUUCUCCACACAGUGGGCUCUUGGUAAUGGUUGACAGAUAAAGAUUUGUUUCCCCAAACUCCUGCAAAACCUGCUCUAGGGGCUUAGGGUUCAAAGCCCCCCGUGAGCGGGGGAGGCAGGACUGUGUGGCUUAACUCAGGAAUGGGAUGGCAGGACCCCGAGACCCUCGUGGAGGCUGAUGAUAAAAUGUUCGAGUGGAGCUCUGUGUUCCCAGGGCUGCUGUUGAGGACGCGGGCAGCUCGGGAGCUGAAGGCACUGGUCUACACCACCCCACCUCAUGUGAGCCGAUGCCAUGGCCCCCAUGUUCUCGCUCACUGGGUGGAUGCUGCUCAGCCCCCAUAGUGCCCCCGUGAGAGGUGUGCUGGGAGGAGCUCCUGGGGGCCCCCACUCUUGCUGGGGAUGGCUGUCACCUUCUUGGGCUUGCAUUCAACUCCAGGAAAACUGAGAAUUCCAUUGAGAAGUGUUGGAGAGCCUCAGGCCCAUGCUGGUAGUGGCUGGCUGUGAAAAAAACAAUUUGCUGUCUUUAAUAUUGGGGGCAUCGUCUACCAGAAUAUCAGAGGAACCUGCUUAAAAUACGUCAAGGUUGCAAAUAAGAUUGACUUUUUAAAGGCUGACAUUUUAAUAUGCAGCUUUAAUAAAUUACACAUUAAUUUCUUUUUUUUAAAUAUUUUAUUUAUUCAUGAGAGACACAGAGGGAGGCAGAGACACAGGCAGAGGGAGAAGCAGGCUUCAUGCAGGGAGGCCAAUGGGGACUCGAUCCCGGGACAACCGGGAUCAUGCCCUGAACCCGAGGCAGACGCUGAACCACUGAAGCCACCCAGGGGUCGCAAUACAUUAAUUUCUUAAAAAGUCAUUUUCCCAUAAAUGAUACCUCCUGUGUCCCCAAAUCACCAAAACCUGACAUUCAAGCUCUUUCUUUGAGGUUUUUCGGAGCGCUUGUAUUUGUUAGCUGAUACAGAGCAGGCUUGAAGAAGGGGCACCUUCUGGGCCGACGGGCCGGGCUCCGUUACCCCAGAGCCAGGCUCCAAGAAGAGGGAGGGCGAGCUCACGGUGGCCCAGGGCCGCGUGAAGGAUCUGGAGUCCCUCUUUCACCGGAGUGAGGCGGAGCUGGCCGCCGCCCUCAGCGACAAGCGUGUCCUGGAGAGCGACCUGGCGGAGCUGCGCGCCCAGCUGGCCAAGGCGGAGGACGGUCAUGCCGUGGCCAAAAAGCAGCUGGAGAAGGAGACACUGAUGCGCGUGGAUCUGGAGAACCGCUGCCAGAGCCUGCAAGAGGAGCUCGACUUCCGGAAGAACGUCUUUGAGGAGGAGGUGCGGGAGACCCGGCGGCGGCACGAGCGGCGCCUGGUGGAGGUGGACAGCAGCCGGCAGCAGGAGUACGACUUCAGGAUGGCUCAGGCGCUGGAGGAGCUGCGCAGCCAGCACGACGAGCAAGUGCGGCUGUACAAGCUGGAGCUGGAGCAGACCUACCAGGCCAAGCUGGACAGCGCCAAGCUGAGCUCUGACCAGAACGACAAGGCCGCCAGCGCUGCCCGGGAGGAGCUGAAGGAAGCCCGCAUGCGGCUGGAGUCCCUCAGCUACCAGCUCUCCGGCCUCCAGAAGCAGGCCAGCGCAGCAGAGGACCGGAUUCGCGAGCUGGAGGAGACCAUGGCCGGGGAGCGGGACAAGUUCCGCAAGAUGCUGGACGCCAAGGAGCAGGAGAUGACAGAGAUGCGGGACGUGAUGCAGCAGCAGCUGGCUGAGUACCAGGAGCUGCUCGACGUCAAGCUGGCCCUAGACAUGGAGAUCAGCGCCUACCGCAAGCUGCUGGAGGGCGAAGAGGAGAGGCUGAAGCUGACCCCCAGCCCGUCGUCGCGGAUCACUGUCUCGCGGGCCACGUCCAGCAGCAGCAGCGUGUCCACGGCCGGCCGCUCCGGCCGCAGCAAGCGGAAGCGGCUGGAGGCGGAGGAGUCGCCGGGCCCCGGCUCGAGUGGCAUCGGCUCCGGCAGCAGCAGCAGCAGCAGCACCACCAGCUUCCACCUGGCGCAGCAGGCCUCGGCCUCGGGCGGCGUCAGCAUCGAGGAGAUCGACCUGGAGGGCAGGUUCGUGCAGCUGAAGAACAGCUCGGACAAGGACCAGUCUCUGGGCAACUGGAGGAUCAAGAGGCAGGUCCUGGAAGGGGAGGAGAUCGCCUACAAGUUCACGCCCAAGUACGUGCUUCGCGCCGGCCAGACUGUCACGGUGUGGGCAGCUGGCGCGGGAGUGGCCCACAGCCCCCCCUCGACGCUCGUGUGGAAGACCCAGAACAGCUGGGGCACUGGCGAGAGCUUCCGGACCGUCCUGGUCAAUGCUGAUGGGGAGGAAGUGGCCAUGAGAACGGUGAAGCAGUCCUCGGUGGUGCGGGAGACGGAGAACGGGGAGGAAGGAGAAGAGGAGACAGCGGAGUUUGGCGAGGAGGAUCUUUUCCAUCAGCAGGGGGACCCCAGGACCACCUCGCGAGGCUGCCGCGUGAUGUGAACGGAACUCGCCUCAUUGCCCGUCUUUCUUCACUCAGAGCCACUGAAAACUAUUUUUCUAUCAUUGGCUGUCUUUAGUCCUUGAUACGUUUCUAGAGAAUUUGUAGGCAUUCUGCCGGAACACGGGGCGGCUUGGCAUCUUUCCUCGGCCUUCCUCGGACCCUCCCUUCCUCGCCACUGGCCAGACGUUUUUUUUGGUGCCCCAUUUCACUAUUUGGUUGAAUUCAAGGCCAAGGAACCUGACGGCUCGUGGGGGUUGGGCGUGCAGGCUGGAGGGCCCGGCCGGGCUCGGGGCUCCUCCGGGUCCCCACUGCCUCCACCACAGACGCGCGGGGCCCCCUCUCCGGGAGCUGCCCUGGGGCCCUUGAGUGCACGGAGGGCAGGACUUGGUAGCAGUUGAAUUGUUUGUCAAGCUCGUUCAAAACCAAAUCCAGAGUCCAGGUUCUGAGCUGGUGGAGGCAGGCCCAUCGGCUGUGGAACUCUGGUGGCCCGGCCGCAGGCACGGGGCCUUGGGGUGCAGGUCAUGGAUGCCCGGCCUGGGCUCCGGGGUGACUCCUGGUUGGGUGGUGCGCGGACCGCUGGCCGGGGCUCGGCACCCGUACUGGGGCGCCCUGCAGUGCGCCCCUUUCCCUUCCUGGCUGGCUGGCCCUUGGGUUUCUGGAACUUUCUGUAGUUGAGUUCUUCAGCUUGCAGGACCAGCGGGGUGGGAGCGAUGGGAACGGGGACAGCUCUGUUUUGAGGCUUGUCACCAGGUAAAGGGCAAGGGCACAGGUGGCAGGGGAAGUGGGAUCACCUUGGGAGCAGGUGCCCUGGGUUUCGGCGCCACUGCCGGGGCUGGGAGCCGGUCCGCCCUGGUGAGGGGAGCGACAGCGACGGCAGGGGAGGCGCCCGUGGCCGCCGCCCCGUGUGGGCCUCUGCCCUGUGCUGGGGCUGAGCUCCGACCCCCGCCCCGCUCCUGUCGCAGCCUCCCCCUGAAGGGACGUUGCCGUGGCGGUGCCCCCGGUGGCCCCGGGCCUGCCCACCCCGCCGCCGCGUCCGCUCACCGUUUACACCCUCCACAUAGACACACAGAAGUUAUUUUUUUAAUGGAUAUUUAUUUUUCUACAUUGGUCAGUGCCCAGACCGCGGCCCGGGCCCCGCUGGGACCGCCCCGGGGGAGGGGCGCUGCCCGGGUGGGUCCUUCCGAAAGGGCAGCUCGAGUCUUGCAGACGAAACACUGAGCCACGCCCGCCUCCCUGGGACGGGCCGAGGCCCCUGUAGGGUGGUGUCCGCGGGCCGGGGCUCGCUUCUCAAGGACGGAAACGUGUCCCCGCUGCCCCCGAUGCUGACGGGCCCCGGGACGGCGGCCGGCUGUGCGCACCCCGGCCCGGCCCGGCCCGGCCCGACCCCGGGGCGCCCGCAGCGGACCUGGGCGCGGAGGAUGGGCCUCGGCGGGGCAGCUGGGCCCGCAGCCCCGGCCUCGGCGUGCCCCGGCCUCCGCAGGACGGGAGCGACCACGCUAGGCCGCGGCAGGCCCGGGGGGCGCGGUGCACCGGGCAGGUGGCCGCCGUGCUGCAGGCGUCCCGGGGCGGGGGGGGGGGGGGGGGGCUGGGCAGCAGCUCGGAGUCCGACGUCCUUAGCUUUAAGGGCUCCCCCGCCGCCGCCCCCGCCCCCCCCCGCCGGAGCACCGGACACCGGCUCAACCUGCCGGGCCGCGCCCGGGGCCUUGCAUGCCAAACGUGUGGUCUUUUCUUUCUCGGAUGAUUUGUAACAUGCAUUUUAUGACUGGAAACCUUUUGUACGACGCUCCAAUAAACGUUUUGGUUUUAA